CGGAAUCAACAUGGCAAUGUCUAUUGUCGUGAGCACGUAUGGGAUGAUGUAAAGGGUGAUAAUGUUUUGCCGUGGUUCACAUUGGAGGUGCAUAUGAUUGAGGAAGCAAUUUCAAAGGAAUCUUCCGAAACAUCAUCAGAGAAUGAAGAAUUGCAAAUUAAUUGCCCAGAGUGUGACACAACUUUCUCUGAUCAUUACACUUUCAUGGAACAUUAUACAAAUGAGCAUGCUCAAGUGCUUGCUACUGCAAACUACAAAUUUGCUCACGAAGCUGGUGUAUAUAUAGCAGAAAGAAAUGAUAAAAUAUCCACUGUAAAACCCUCUUCUCCUAUCCUCCUUGCCAACGGUGGUACAUUCCAUAACGGAAAAGUUAUUUUUUGUGCUCAGGGACAACGAGACAUUGAUGGAUCUAUUGUUUCUAUGGACCCGUAUUCAAUACUAUCGUCGAUAACUUUUUCGGUCUUAAGUUCAAUAGCCCUAAUGACACUGUUGUCUCAAAAGAUGGCAGCUACUGAAUAUGUUUACCAAUUUGAUCCCUCCACCGGCGAUAUUCGCGUGGUAGCAGAUGGAUUUGUGAAACCUAAUGGUAUAGCAUUCUCUCCAGAUGAAAAAAAAAUAUACAUAACUGACACGGGUUUCUAUACCGGCACUGGAAAAUAUGAUCCUAUGAGACCACACACGAUUUAUGAAUUUGACGUAAACGAUAAUUAUUUAUCUAACCGUAGGGUAUUUGCUGUAAUUGAUGUUGGUGUUCCUAAUGGUAUAAAACUUGACAUUAGGGGAAACGUAUAUACUAGAAAUGGUGAUGGUGUUCAAAUAUUCUCUUCCCAUGGGAAGUUGUUAGGAAAAAUAAUCAUACCAGGCGGGGUGUCCAAUAUUGUUUUCGCCCGGAGAACUUUAACAUUGCUAGCAGAGACUUCUAUAUAUGAGGUAAAAUUGGAGGUAGAAGGUGGCACAGUUAAGCUUUGA